AGCGCUCCGCGCCAGCAGGUGGCGCCACUGAGCAGCGUCCCUGCUGAACGACCGCGGACUACGUGGACCAAUGGGAGCGUUGGAGCAAUCCCGGUGAGGGUGACAGGUGGAGGAUACACUCCUGCUGCUGCUCUCCAGAUUUCCCAGGCCGGACAUGGCGCGUGUUCUUCAUCCCCACCGUCUUCCUCUGUGCUGACAGCCAGACCCAGCUCAGAGACGGUCCGCCGGCGCGUUCCCCGCCUCUCUGUUGUGCUGGUCUCCUGUUCCAGGAUGUUCUCUCAUGCCGGAGGAGGUUCCCUCACAUGGUGCUUCCUGGUUCUCCUGCUGCCGCUCCUCGGCUCGGCUCUCAGCCACAAGUCUGAGGGCGCCCUGACUGUGGUGGAGGAUGCAGACGGAGGAGGAGGAGGAGGAGUGGGUGGUGAUGAAGAGGAGGAUGCUGUAGAGGUGUUCCAGCCUAAUGAACAGUGGCAAACUCUUAAACCAGGCCAGGCGGUACCAGCGGGCUCCCACGUGAGGCUGAACCUGCAGACCGGAGAGAGGGAGGUCAGACUGGGGGAGGAGCAGCUGAAGUACUGGACUCAGGAGCACAGGGAGGGGGAGAAGAGCACGGCCGCCAUCGAUCCCGACGAGCUGAAACGGGCCAUGAAGAAGAUCAAAGAGGACCUGAGGAGUCAGGACUCUAAGCCAUCCGGGUUCCGGCCCCUAGAGGAGUUGAAGAAGGACAUGGCUGAGCUGGACCUGCUGGUGGAGACGGAUGUUCAGAUAAUGCGGCGCCUCCUGGACCAGUUCAACAGCAGCGACACCACUACAGAGCAGCGGCUGGCCAUCCUGCAGGAGCUGGAGUAUCUGGUGCAUCAGGUGGACAAUGCUCAAACGCUGUGCUCCAUGGGGGGUCUGAGCUUAAUCCUGGGAGGUCUGAACAGCUCUGAUGUCAGGUUACAGGAGAACGCUGCCUUCGUCCUGGGCUCUGCUGUGGCCAGUAACCCUGUGGUCCAGGUCCAAGCUGUGGAGGGGGGAGCUCUGCAGACCCUGCUAACAACACUGGCCACCACACAGCCUCUUCACGUCAAAAAGAAGGUCCUGUUCGCACUGGCCUGCCUCUUACGUCACUUCCCCUACGCACAGCACCACUUCCUGUCCCAUGGGGGGCUGCAGAUUCUGUCGGAGCUGUUCAGGGCGGAUGCUGGGGGAAUCCUGCGCACACGCAUCGUCACCAUGUUAUACGAUAUGAUCAGUGAGAAGGAGCUCAUCUUCCAGGCGGGCCUAGACGCCGUCCAGGACCCGUCCCACAAGGAGCGCCAGCGUCAGUACGCUGAGGUGUCGCUGCAGGACCAGCUGAUGGAGAAGGGCUGGUGCCGUCUGGUGCCCCAGCUGCUGCAGUCUACGGAGCACGACUACAGGGAGAAGGCUCUCCGGGCUUUGUUGGCCAUGGCUUCUGUGUGUUUGGAUCAGUACCGCUCGGACUCCUCUCUGCUGGGUUCUCUGCACUCUCUCCGACUCCAGUACUCGGAGCUGAUCCAGUCAGAAAUGAUCCUCGGUGAGGAGAGCGGUUACUUCGCAGAGAUGGUGGAACUUAUAGACUCGCUGCAGGUCAAGGUGAAGUGAGCAGGAUGUCUUCCUGCAGAGCGGGACGGUGCCGGGAGCGAAGGAACCGCCCCGUCCUGGUGGACCAGCCACUCCUCAGCUGGAACGUCCCUCAGAUUCAUGGCGAUUUGGAACCUGAGCUGUGGACUCUGAUUGAAGACUAAACUAAUCUGUUAACUGACAGAUUUUAGCUGCCAGUGAUGGCUACAUGUGUGGAUUCUUUGUGUUGAAGAUCAACACAAACGCCGGCUGCCUUCUGUACAGCAACCAAAGGUUGCCUAGUUCCUAUGUUUAACAUAAAACAGCAGCCAGAUGCUCCCUCAGUCUGCUGCUGUAGUCAGACCAAAGUCUGGUUUGGACCUGCUACUAAAACACACGUCCACUCCGGCUGAUCAGGACUGAAACAGACUUGCCUUACAAGGACUAGUUACAUCUGCAGGGGUAGGACCUCACUUACCUGUGCCAGGUGUGGCUGGGGCUGCACAGUCACUCCAGCAGCAUCCAGUGAGCUACCCGGCCAUCAUCCAUCUCAUCUUCCUCGCCGUCUACCACAAGCUUCUACUUGAAGACCUGGUCUGUUGUGGAAAAUCGAAUAAGUUUUAUUUAAAAAAUAAAUAAUUUAAACAUAAA